AUGGUUCUCCGACUCCUUCCCAACCUCAAACGCGCACAUCUGGGUGAUCGAACUAGUUCCGAUCUCCACCAGUUUCAACCUUAUCGGAAGCCCAAGAACGGCCCUUACUGGCAAAUGCCAUUCCAGUUCGGAACCUUCAAUCAGCUAUCCGAGGUUGUUCUGGAUUGUGAUCACUGGCGGCACCAAUGGCUUGAGGGCGUGCUCCCACUUCUGAAACACGGAAAUUUGAAGACACUACGGAUAAAUGACAUACGGGACUCGGACGUCGACGACCAUGAAGAGAUGGCCUUGAUUGGCCUGCCGGAGCAUGAGGAGACCAAACGGAAGAACAUCGAAGCGCUGGAACGAAUAAUGUCCGAUACUGAACUUUGGGGUAAGCUCCAGGUUUUAGAACUUCGUCCAGGACCGAUUUGCUGGGACGAGAUGGUACUCCCUAUUAUGCAUGCUUGCCGCGGCCUGAGGAAGCUCUCGUUCGGAGUAGAAGACAGGCAUACCGAUCGAUAUGCUAGCACACAUAUCCUCGCUUCCAAGAUGUGGCCUGUCAUGAUACAAUUGCAAGGCUACGUAGAAGAACUCGCGAUUUGGGCUGAGCUCUGGCGCCACAAGAAAUCGCACUUCGAUGAUGGGUUUGUCUCUUUUUCGAAGCUCAGACACUUGGCCAUAGAUGACUGUGCCCUGCGCGGAGAUUGGCACGAGUACGGCUUGCAAGAUCUCUUUCCAUCUUCACUUGAGACCUUGCGAUUGCACGGUCUCAGCGAGUACAGAAUGAAGCACGUAUGGGCUGCUGAUGGACUUCUCCAACGCCUAAGCAAUGCCAAAAAAUCGGACUCCCAGAUGUUUCCACGGUUGUGGUACCUGGAGCUGUCCUGUGGCGACAUCGAGGAAAUUGAUCUAUACAGCGACGAGAACACACCAGAGCGAGUCGAUGCCCUCAUAGGCGACCUACGAGAUGCAGGGAUCUGGGCAAGACCCAUGCUAGACAAGUAUCCACACUGCACAGACUUGAAUUAUCCAAAGGACAGCCGGUGGUAUCGUGACAUCUCCACCAAGGAGCUGGAGGACUACAAGCAAGCAAAAGACGAUGCAUACUUCGAGCGUUGGGGUCCUUGGUACACGACCGGCUUCAUCAACGAAGACGAAGUGCGCGAAGACAUGUACUGGCAUUUCAACCGUUAG